CCCCUCUCUAUGUAUGAAAACGUCACUUCAAGUCCCUCCCUGUUUGAAUCUCAUUAGUUUUUUUUCUUGUGUGUUUCUCCUGUCAAUAAUCCCGAAUCCAGACUCUCUCUAUUUCCAUCCCUCUCUAUCUGUCAAUCAGCGCCGCCUUUGAACUGAAAACCACUCCGACCAACUUCAACUCCCUCAAUCCGAGCGCCUCAGCUCCGUCUCCGGCUUCUGUUUCUGCCAAGAUUGCCCUCUUCUUCUUUUUGAGUUUAGAGCACUUACCCAGCCAAACGCCAGUGCGAGUCCCUAAACUUAAACUCCGGAUUCGGGGAUCACACCAAGAUCAAGGGUUUAAAAAACUUUUGGUGUUUUUGGCCCCCCGCAAAAUUAGCGCUCCACUGGAAACAUGCCGCAGCUCAACGGCGGUGGAGGGGACGAUCUGGGCGCGAACGAUGAAAUGAUUUCCUUCAAAGACGAAGGCGAGCAGGAGGAAAAAAUUUCGGAGAACUCCUCAGCAGAAAGGGAUUUAGCAGAUGUCAAGUCUUCUCUCGUGAACGAGUCGGAAACGAAUCAAAACAGCUCUUCGGAUUCCGAGGCGGAAAGACGGCCUCCGCCUAGAUCUGAAAGUUUCAGAGACAAAACAAGAGAAAGUUUAGAGGAGGCUGCGAAAAGGCAAGAUGGAGGGCUGUUCAAGAGCCCACCGUACCCGGGCUAUCCAUUUAUAAUGAUUCCCGACCUCACGAGCCCGUACCUUCCGAACGGAUCACUCUCUCCGACCGCACGCACAUAUCUACAGAUGAAAUGGCCACUGCUAGAUGUUCAAGCAGGAAGUCUUCAGAGUAGACAAGCACUUAAAGAUGCCAGGUCACCCUCUCCAGCACACAUCGUUGGGCCCUUCUGCUUGGAUUUUCCUGGACAGACAGAUCUGAGUCUUCACCAAUUUCAUUUGUCUAAUAAGGUCCCUGUGGUACAGCACCCUCACCAUGUGCACCCGCUCACACCUCUGAUCACCUACAGCAAUGAGCACUUUACGCCUGGGAACCCCCCUCCACAUCUACAGGCAGACGUGGACCCCAAAACAGGAAUCCCAAGGCCUCCACAUCCUUCAGAUAUAUCCCCCUACUACCCCCUGUCACCUGGCACUGUAGGCCAGAUCCCCCAUCCGCUAGGAUGGUUAGUACCACAGCAAGGUCAACCAGUUUACCCAAUCACAACGGGAGGUUUCAGACACCCCUACCCGACUGCCCUCACUGUCAAUGCGUCCAUGUCAAGUCUUUUCUCCUCCAGGUUCCCUCCUCACAUGGUGCCCCCCCAUCACAGUUUGCACACCACUGGGAUCCCACACCCAGCCAUCGUCACACCAAACGUCAAGCAAGAGUCCUCUCAUAGUGACAUCGGAUCCCUUAACAGCUCAAAACAUCAGGAUGCGAAAAAGGAGGAAGAGAAAAAGAAGCAGCCACACAUAAAGAAACCUCUGAAUGCAUUCAUGCUUUACAUGAAGGAAAUGAGAGCCAAAGUGGUGGCAGAGUGUACACUGAAAGAAAGCGCAGCUAUCAACCAGAUCUUAGGCCGAAGGUGGCACGCUCUGUCUCGAGAGGAACAGGCCAAAUACUAUGAGCUAGCCAGGAAAGAACGACAGCUUCACAUGCAGCUCUACCCCGGAUGGUCGGCACGAGACAACUAUGCGGGUAACUAUCAGGGGAAAAAGAAGAAGAGAAAAAGGGAAAAGCAGGCAGGAGAGGGCAAUGAGCACAGAGAAUAUUUUCCAAACCCUUGCCUUUCACUCCCUCCGAUUACAGAUCUGAGUGCCCCAAAGAAGUGUCGUGCACGCUUCGGGCUUGACCAGCAGAAUAACUGGUGUGGCCCAUGCAGGAGAAAAAAGAAGUGCAUUCGCUACAUUCAAGGUGAAGGCAGCUGUGCCAGUCCUCCCUCUUCGGAUGGAAGCUUUCUAGAGUCCCCCCCAUCCUCCCCAUCCAUGGUAUCUCCCUCCCCAUCCUCGAAAGAGUCCAAACCACAGACUGAACAAAUGCAACCUCUCUCACUGACUAUGAAACCGCCCCCCCUGCUCUCGUCCUCCCAACACCAACACCUUUCCAUGGCCCCGCCUCCACCCUUAGUUCUGUUGGACAACUCCGGGACAGGUAAAACAUCCGGCCCGGCGCACAACGGCUCGUUGGAUCCCUCAGACGUGUCAUCAUCCCGACCCACAGGCUCCGCCUCCUCCAGGCCCACAUUGGUGUGUCAUUCCCACUCUCUGCUGUCUAGCUCCGGCCCGACACAACCCCUUUCGCUCGUAACCAAGUCAAUAGACUAGCUUCGUUUUUUUUAAACCAGCUAUUUCUGUCUGUCGUGCGUCUUCAUUCUCUCUUUUUUUUUUUCGUUCUGUGUUUGGAUUAAAUUGUUUUUCUGUGCGAUAUGGCUUUGAAAAUUAGUUAAUUUUUUAUCAAAGUUCAUUGGUCAAUAUUUGACCUGUCAUAAUCUAAAAAAAAUGAAAUUGUUAUGAUGAAAUAUUGAUAAUAAAAUAUACUAAGUUGUAGAGUAUAGCUUUGUGAAUCUGCCAAAUUUUUUUAUGAAUUUUGAUUAUUUUGUUUUUAGCUUUCUUUUCAGCUGUAUAACAGAAAAAUACAUAAUUGUUAUGUAGUUUUGCAUAGACAUGUUUAAAGACAGAUAUACAAAGUAGGUGAGGAUUCAGAAAGCCCUUUUCUCAUAGAGUUGGUUCUCCUUUAUUAUUUGUAUUAAAUACGAGCUUGUGAACCAAUAAUUUUACAACUGUCCAAAACUCAGAGGGCAUGAGGACUGUGGAGACACCUCUCCAAGUGAGGAACAACUUUUAAUUGUGAUGUUACUUGUUCUUGUUUAAAUGUACAGAAAUACGGGGGGAUUACUGUGUUAAUAUGCAUUGUUCCAUUGCGUUGUCUGUUUUAAAUUUUUGUUUUUUUUGUUUUCUUGUUGUUGUCGUUUACCAGGGCAGGGAGUACUCAAUUGGAGGGAUGUUUUGGGAUAGGGUUGGGUGGGUUUGGGAUAUUCAAUACAAACUUUCACAAUGCUAGGACCAGUAGUAUUUAUUGCUUUAGAGAUUGCUUGUUGUAUCUUGUAUGUUGUCCCCUUUUGAAAUCUUUUCUUUUUCUUAAUACAUUGUAUAAAUUUUCUUUUUCUUAACAUAAGCAACUUAUAUAUAUAUAACAAUAUAUAUAUAUAUAUAUAUGAUCCAUUUUUACAAGGUUUUGAAGUAAAAAAUGUUUUAUUGUUUUGACUUUUUUUUUUUUUAACCAGGAUUCCACCUAAACUGCAGAGUAGAUUCUCAACAAAAGAAACUUUUAAAUUAACAGACAUAUGCACACGUUAAUUUCUAGAAACAUAUCUAUAAGCCAUUUUACAAUAGGUUAAAAGGAAACUUGAAACGGACAGUGGGUUACAUGUUUUCAGUAGCUGAAUUUCGUCUGCAGCCCCUUUUUUUCUAUUGCACAGUCUCAUCUCUGUUGGACUGUAGAUUUGUGUACAGAUUUCCCGUGCCAAAAUUUGUAAUAAUUUCCUUUCCACCUCUUUUUAUGCUGUAGGUUCUUUCAUUGUCAAAUGUUUGUUUUUUCUUUUUGUUUUCAACCAUAAUUUGCUGUGACGUUACAUAGAUUGCUAUGUAUGUAGUAUAAAUGUUGCUAUAACAAAAGUGUUUUGUAGCAGAUUGUCAAAUAAUAAAAUGUAAACUUAAUAAAAUACGGAUAUCAUACUGUAUAAACCCUCAAGGGCCAAAUUAUGUAUAUUAGGAGGUUCGUAAAAAACUAUGAAAUGCUACAAAAAAACACAAACUGACACUUUUAAGUACACUACUACAUAUAGGUAGAUAGAAAAAAUAGGCAUGUUGAUGUUGCAAGAAGCUGUAUAAAAAAAAAUAAAAAUAAAAAAAAAAGCUACAAGAGAAUCAUCCAUUCGGUGCCAUUGUAGUUGACAUGACGCAACUGUAACCCGUCUAUUUCUUCUCUGGUUUAUUAAGAUGCUAAUGAUGAAUAGUUUGAAUGUUUCCUUAACGGCUGUGAUGUUCCUGUUCCUAUUUUAUGCUCUCUUUUUUUCUGUUUUGUUUUCCAUUAUUUGAAAUGGUUCCCAAAAACCAUGUUUUUGUAAUGAAUAAAUGUUAAUGCUGUACAGUCUCUGUAGCAUGCAGUUCUGUAUUAAUAAAAGCGAGUUAGUAUGUGA